UUUUAGUGGCUCGAUUAGUCGUUCUUGAAGCAGGCCGCUGCACUGUCGCGUUUUAAAACAGAGACCCAAAAUGCUUACGCCGGUGGAUCCCGAACGGCUGGCCCUCUACGCCAGCCCCUGGCCCACCUUUCUUAUAAUGUCCUCGUAUCUGGUAUUCGUGCUCAAGUUGGGUCCUAAGCUAAUGGAGGAACGAAAGGCCUUAAAUCUCCGCACCUUCAUCAAAUACUACAACAUCGGUCAGAUUAUUUACAACGUAACGAUCAUUUAUUACGGUGCCAAAUUUUUGUUUUUCAUGGACACGUAUGACCUAAAAUGCAUUAAGCCCCUGCCCCUGGCCCACAAGCAUAAGGACUACGAGCGUUGGAUGACCAACUUGUAUGCCAUUAACAAACUCAUUGACCUAAGCGAAACGGUAGUAUUCGUGCUGCGAAAGAAGAACAAACAAAUAUCCUUUCUCCACGUCUUUCACCAUGUUGUCAUGGCCGGGACGUGCUACUUCAUAAUCACAUUGAACGGACAUGGAGGCAUACUCUUUCCAUUUUGCCUCAUAAACGCAUUGGUCCAUGCCAUAAUGUACACCUACUACUACCUGUCCUCCAUGAACGAGACGCUGCAGAAAAAUAUCUGGUGGAAGAAGUACAUCACUAUCAUCCAGCUGCUACAGUUCGGGGUCAUCAUGGUGAUCUUCCUCAGGAUGACAAUGGACCCCAACUGCUCGACGCCACCAUUCACAAACUAUGUAGUCGGGAUCGUAAUUCCUUCUUUUAUAAUUUUGUUUAUCAACUUCUUUUAUAAGUCCUAUAUACUGUCAGAUAAGAAGCGUGUCAAACUGCCCCAGGAUCCCCCAAACUAAAAAUAAUGGAAGGGACUAUACGACACCCGGUGCAUUUCUUUCCAAACACAGAUUAGUUGGUAAAGCGUAGCACUAAAAUAAAAAAAUAAUUUUUCCUUGGGUUUAAGUUAACACCUAAAAAGUCAAAUACUAGAUAAUACUAAUAAAACGCUAAGUCCAGCCACA